AUGGCAUCAACCGUCCAACAACAACAGCAAUCGCAACCUAUUGCACCUGUUCGAUCAGAGACUAGCGUCGCUAGUAAGAAUACUACUUCUUCAUCGCUACCACCAGUAGUCUCCACAGCCACGGCUGCUGAGACAAAGUCUCUCGUUAAUGCAUCAGCCUUCGAGUACCUGCUCAUUGAGAUGGUUCCGCUUGCGCGACGGGUCGUCGAAGAUGUCCGAAAACCCUCAGAAGAUCUGGGAUCGGCUAUCAAUUCAUUAACCUUGGAAGACAAGGAUGAUAGUAAAAAUCCAGGAGAAAAAGAAAAAGAAGAUGAAAAAGAAGAGAAGACAAAAGAUUCUACUACCGAUACCACAGAUGUCAACAAUAAUACCUCUCAAGUUAGUACACCCCGAGAAAUGCUACACCAGUAUCCGCACAUGGCCGGUGCUGAAGAUGCAGACGUUUUCUUCCGCACAGAAUUAUACGGAUUCCGCGUCGGUGCGGCACUUGCAGAGGUUCUAUCGCGCGAUGCGAGCCGGCUAGUAACGCAGCUCGACGUGCUCAAGUUUGUUUGCAAAGACCUUUGGACAGCAGUUUACAGCAAGCCCAUUGACAAUCUUAAAACGAACCACCGUGGGAUUUAUGUGCUCGUUGACAACUCAUUCAGACCUUGUGAGCGCAUGGGUUCUGCAGCCAACGGGCUUUUAUCUGCGGUCCACGGUAGUAAGCCCACCGGGCUUGCCAAAAAUGCACCAGGGGCUGGUGGCCAUCACCAGCAAAUGGUGGCUGCAACUGCAGCGGCGGCAACUGCAGCGGCAUCAGGAGCAGCAGUGACUUCUUCUGCAGGGGCAGGUCAACAGAAAUCAGGAACUCUUGCAGCUGCACCCUUCAUUUGGUUCCCAAUGGGUGUAAUUCGCGGAGCACUGAGCACUAUGGGUAUCGAUGCUAGCGUGAGUUUCGAGGCAAACCAGCUACCGGCUGUAUCUUUCAACAUUCACACCAGCACCGCAAAACGAUGA